AUGGAUCCCGCGGAUUGCGAUGCACCACCGGAGGAAGCGCCAAGUAACGACGCGUGCGUCCCCAGACGCAGGUCUUGUGCUGGGUCUGACACGGGGCUCGCCGCACACGACGGGACGAACGGCGACGCAAACCUUGUGCACAGCCCCGAAGCGAGCAAGUCUCGUCCGCUGGGCGGCGAAGCCGUGCGUCCGUGUCCCGGUGACUCCGGUCACACGGUGACCUGCACAGUCACCAUAGCGCUGGCCAUACCUCCAGAAUCGGGGAAGAAACCCCCCAACAAGGUGGUGUCCGGUGGCGCAGGGGGGACGCACAAACCGCAGGCAUAUUACCAUGUUGAAUACAAUCUCCUUCCUGACGGCGAGGAGCCGACCAGAGUAGACCUCGUGCUGUUUGGCUCGGCUGCGAAGGUCUACGCAGGGAACGAGACGAAGGUACUGAAACCGUGGCAAGAGGGGAAUGACCUUUGGCUGGCCUGGUCUCAGUCUGUGAAACUCAGUGUGACCAGACAGCUGCUUGUUAAGAUGCCCACACACAAAAUCACCUUCAGGGUUUGGGACCUGAAGGACAGAGUGUCGGCCAAAGCAAGAUAUGACCGCCUCAAAGCCUUCAGGGCGCCCCCAGGAGAGAGCCCGGAGGAGCCAGAUCAAGCAGGUGGCGUUAAGAGCCUGGUGUGUAAACUCAGAGAAGGAGCUGAGAAGCAGAAUCCAAGGAACAGAGCCACAAAGUCACAGAGACAGAACGCACCAGUGGAGAACAAGAGUUCUUUACAGAUCAACUGCAGCACAGACGGGAACGUCGAACAAAAAGCCAUUGCAGCUGCCCCCUUGUGUGUGGCGCAGAGUCCUGGAGGAGUAACAUCGCAGAAGGCCGUGCAACGUUCCCGCCAAAGUUUCAACAGAUAUGUCCAUUAUGGAGCCGUGGACAAUCCUGGAAGGACUGAUGUAAAGAAGACUGAUCUUGCAGCUGUUAGGCAACAAGGCAAGGAUAUGGCGGUCUCAGAUGAGGAGUAG